CAGCCUCCGCUCCUCCCCAGGCAGGGGUGGGCCCGAGCCCGCGACCCGCCUCUCUCGCCCGGAGCUCGUUACGGCGCCCCGGGACAGCCAUGCCGGAUCGUCUGCUGCAGGGCCUGUGGCAGCGGUGGCGCCGUUACAAGUACCGCUUUGUACCUUGGAUCGCGCUGAACCUAAGCCAUAACCCAAGGACCCUCCGAUAUGUUCCAGAAGAAUCCAAAGACAAAGUUAUCUCAGAUGAAGAUGUCCUAGGAACAUUGCUGAAAGUUUUCCAGUCUCUAUUCAUAAAUGAUUUAAAUAAACAAUCAGACCUCUUGACUAUGCUUCCAGAACCUGUUAAAUCAAAAUAUCAAGACCUACUUUCAGUUCAACGUCCAAGGGUGGAACUGCUUGAAUAUAGACAUCAACAGCAAAAUAUCUUUAAACCAGAAGAAAUUCUUUAUAAGACACUGGGCUUCAGUGUUGCCCGAGCAACUAGCUCAUUGAUUUCUGCUGGAAGAGGUGUCUUCAUUACUAAAGGAUUGGCACCAAAAGGCACGGUUGUAUCUAUGUAUCCUGGUACAGUAUAUCAGAAGUAUGAGCCAAUCUUUUUCCAGUCCAUUGGAAAUCCAUUUAUUUUUAGAUGCCUGGAUGGGAUACUCAUUGAUGGAAAUGACAAAGGAAUAUCAAAAGUUGUGUACAGAUCUUGCAAUGGGAGGGAUCAACUUGGCCCUUUAAAAAUGAGUGACAGUACAUGGCUAACAUCAGAAAUUCAUAAUCCACUGGCUGUAGGACAGUAUGUCAACAAUUGUUCAAAUGAUAGAGCAGCUAAUGUCUGUUAUCAGGAAUUUGAUGUGCCUGAAGUUUUCCCUUUAGAACUGAAGCAGUAUCUUCCAAACAUCGCCUACAGCUGUGACAAACAAAGCGCACUUCGAUGUGUUGUUCUUGUCGCACUCAGGGACAUUGAACAAGGAGAAGAGCUUUUUUCAAACUACUAUACAAUUGUCAGCUAACUCUGAAUUACAAGUUAGGUUUUCCACUCAGCCAUUAAUUCUAAAUAUUUUUUUAAAUCAUUUUUUCUGAGUUCCACCUGUAGAACAAAUACUUCAAGACUUAAUUGGAGUGGGAAUUUUUUUGUUUUUAUUGUUAAUAUUUUUGUGCCAAUUCCAUGAUAAAAGCUAUUUGCUUCAUUAAUUUCCAAUUUAUUGUACAGUUCGUUUUAAUUGGUUUUUACCUACACAGAAGUUAUUAAACCUACUGCCUGAACUUAUAAUUUCAAUUUUUUGUUUAGUUUGUGUACCUCUAUGUAGUGGUUUGUAAAAUUUAGCUAAGUCAUCAGCAAUUCUUAUACUGUUGAUGUACAUAGACCUUAUAAACUUUAUUUUUACAAAAUAAAGCCAAACAUAUUUGUCGUGUU